CGAAAAAUCGCAAGUCAUAUAGUCAAAAAUUAAAGUCACAUACGCGUUUAAUAUAAGCGACUGACGCUUUGUCAACCGUCAUGCGAUGCGACAGGCGUGCGAGCAAAUUUACGAAGUACGCUUGUACUUUAAGGUCGAAGUGCUCCCCUGCGCACGCUCGCAAAGAGACCAAUCGGGAAUUUUUACCAUAAGUAGGCAAUGAAACUUAAGCGGGUGGUUGUAAUCAACGAAUCCGGGUUAAUCAACACACAGUUAAGUUAACUUCACGAUCAUUCGCUGAGUGUGCGUGUAAUGUUGGAAAAAGUUCUACACACACUACCGUUGAGUGGAGCGCCAAAGAGCGUAGCGUAAGCAUACAGAUAAGCAUUAACUGACUGCGGUCAAAGUUUGCUCAGUUUUUGUUAUUAACGCUAUUGUUAUUGUUGCGUUUUAUUACUACUGCGAGCGUCGCCGCAUAAUGGUUAUAAUUCUGAAAUAAAUUUGUUGAAAACAAGGCAAGCGCGCUCAGUCACAAACGAUCCUACGACGCGCAUCACUGAACGCGGAAAGCUUACGCGCAGUGAACGAACGAAACGAAAUACAAAAACAGAGUUGCAAAUAAAUAUUUUUUUGUCAAAAAUUAAAGCAAUUAGAAGAACGAAACAACAAAAUAAGCAGCAGAGUUUACAGUAACAAUUAAAGUGUUUUAAAAAGCUUCGCAACCAAAGCUAUAUAGCGUUAACUGAAAGUCGCGCAACGAGUAAAAUCAAACUAGCUAAGUUACUUGUACGUAACAAGCUCUCAAGCCAGCAGUUGUCCUUUCCAGACGCCUGAAAUCAACAGGUGCUGCUCACUUAAACGCAAAUUUCGUAUAUACAAUCAAUUCACAGCGCCAUGAAAGGCAAUAGACUCACCACGCACGAUCGCCGGUUUCUACGCAGCAUAUUGACCGAUUUGAUCAUCUUUAUUGUGCUCGGCAUACCGAUAUUGAUAUGCGAGUUUGUCAUCGAGCCUUUUCGUCGCGGCUUCUUCUGUGACGAUGAAACGAUACGUUAUCCUUUUCGCCCGAAUACGAUAACCACCGUUACGCUCGCUAUAAUUAUCUUGGUCGUGCCGGCGAUUAUUCUGCUUUUAGUCGAAUUAACGCUCUUCUAUCGUUGCGAUCGCAUACGUGAGACGGUGCUGCUGCUCGGCUACAAGGUGCCUGCAUGGCUUUUGGAAUUCGCGAAACAUGCGCUCUACUUUACAUUCGGUGGCCUACUAACACUCGCAGCGACGGAGGUGGGCAAGUUCACAAUUGGACGUUUGCGUCCACAUUUCAUCAGCGUAUGUCAGCCACAGUUGAGCGACGGCAGCAAUUGUGAGUCGCCACAGAAUCGGCAUCGCUACAUUGAGAAUUACACUUGUGUAAGCAGCGGCUAUACGUUGGGAGACGUGUGGGAGGCGCGUUUGUCCUUUCCAAGUGGUCACUCAAGCUUGAGUUUCUUCGCGCUCACUUACAUCGCUAUUUAUCUGCAGUACAAAAUCACCUGGCGUGGUUCGAAAUUGACACGGCAUUUUCUGCAGUUCACACUGGUAAUGUUGGCUUGGUUCACGGCGCUGUCGCGCAUCAUGGACAAUUGGCAUCACUGGUCAGAUGUGCUAUGCGGGAGUGUUUUGGGUUUUGCAAUGGCGCUAAUUACCGCCCGUUAUAUUACAAAGGAAUUCAAGACGCCACAGUCGUGUUUGCGUGUGCAGCUGCCGAGGCAGGACACGUGUACGACGCUGAACGAGAUCGUACCGACGCCACCACCGUAUACGGUGGGACUUGGCGUCGAUGAUAGCGUACCGUCGCUGCAUCGAGAGAGCAAUGGCGGUAGCACGCGCAGCUUCAGUAAUGAUCAGUAUUGCACGAAAGUGUGACUUUCAGGGGUGACAGUAGGGAAGGAGAGUAAUUUAACUUAAAAUGUGAUAGUUACUAAUUAAGUGGUUGAAAUAUUGUAAAAUGCUGAUUAUGCUAAGUGGUAAUUAUGGAACAAGAAACGUGUAAAUACUUGAAAAAUUAAAGGCAGAUAUAAUGUAAGUGGGGACAGUUUUAAAAACUAAAGUGUAAUGCUAGCGUCUCAUGCGAUGCAAUUCCUAAUAUUGAUUAUAUUAUAUAUAUAAUAUGUGGGCAGUUUUGCGGUAUUAAAAAGUGAGAACAGUUUGCAAAGUACGAUGAAACGCAGAUUCCCGCUUACUAUUCAAGUUGGAAAGCUUCAAACGGGACGCAAUUAUUUUACGUAAUUAGUGUUGUUAUUGUCUUUUUCGGCCUUUUUGUACAAAUAAGUAAAUUUUUGUCAUAUAAUAAAAAAAAUUUUGUCAUAGCAUAAAAGUCGAAGGUUGCAAACCAGAUAUUGCCAAACUGGGAACAGUUCAAAAUCAGCGAAAAGAAGUUGCAGCAAGCUAAAAAUAUAUACAGAGUUUUUUCGAAGAAAAACCUUUUUAAAACUGAGAACACUUUAAAAUUUGCUGAGCACAGUUACAUUGCAAGGGCAGCUUUUACAAUAAUGAAAAUAAAAUACGGACAAAUAUGUUAGUAAAACCAAAGAUCUUAUAAAUUUUAAGAAAAAAAACUUGUUAAUUCAAAAUAAGUUUUUUAUAAAAAUUUAAGCAAAAAUUAAUAAAUUUAUUCACAACUUUUAAGAAAAAAAUAUUAACGCAACUACAUAUUCUAUUGCAGAAAACAGAUUUGUAUGCCAUUGCAUAUAUUUAACCAAAAUAUAUACACUGUUUCAAUUGAGAAAAUUAUAUUUGUUAUUAAGUUAAAAUUUAUUUACAAAUGUAUUCCUAAUUUUUGCCGUCUCAGUAUCAGUUCCGCGUAAAUUUGCGUGUUUACUUGCGUAGUUUUUAUGAUAUAUAGCUUUGAGAACUUAUUAAUGUAGAUUGCGAUUCAGUGUAAAUUAACCGUUAUGUGGUUAUUUAUAAAAUUACGUUUUAAGUAAUUGUUUAAAAAUAAAGAAAAAACAAAUGAAA